GGAGGGGCAAACCUCAGCCCUAUGUACCAUCAGUCCGAGUCAUUUAUUGAUAUCACCCGACGCUACAUUCUGAUGACUUCUUCAACUUGUGCACUGCUAACACUCCUCGGCUUCACUCAUGCUGCAUCACAGGCAGCAAGCAACGGAAUCUCGAGACAUGGCAAACCCAGAACAGCCAUCCGCUCAGAGCGAUGAUCCGGUGCAUCGCGCCUUCUUCUACGGCACCCUCAUGGUCCCGGAAGUUUUCUUCACGGUUUGCUACAACCUGAAAAUCGUCCCAGACGUAGUCGCUCGUCAGCACGUGUUCACUCCCGCCAUCCUCCAUGGCUACUGCCGCCGUCGUGUCAAGUCCGCCGACUACCCAGGAAUCACGGAAGACGCGGGACAUAGCGUGUUCGGUAUGCUUGCCGAGGGGCUGACCAAAGCGAACCUGGACAAACUGGACAUCUUUGAGGGCGCCGAGUACGAACGUAGGACGGUCAAGGUGAAGGUGCUCAAGAAGGUUGGCGAUGUGACAGGUGAGGGUAACAUGGAAGGCGAGGAGAAGGACGCGCAGGUAUAUGUCUUCCUGCCGACGCAGCACUUGGAGCAGAAGGAGUGGGAUCUGGAGGAGUUCAAGAGAGAGAAGUUGAAGCUGUGGACGAGAGGUGAUCACAUCUUUGCGGACUGCGAUCCCGAGGAGCCUGCUACCGUCGCGGCGGCUGUCUAAACUUUCUUCGCCGAGGCUAAGCAUGCGCAAAGCGACCAAUUGUUUGGUAGAAGUCACCCAUGUGCACUCAACGGUUAGCUAGAUAUCGAAACAUAAGUCCCAGAUGUUGGUAAGCGGUGGUCGGAAUGACGGUCAAGCCUUUCUGUUCACAAACAUCUCCCAUCUAUGUGAAUAAAUAACGUGUGAGAGCAACAGAACCCAGAUGCCCUGCCCACGGCCCUGA